AUGUCUCUGAAAACAAAGAGGACAUCAUGUCCUGAUGGAUUUAAGCAUUACAAGAAUAAUUGUUGGCAUUAUAAUCCUACGAAAAUGAUUUACAAUCAAGCGAAAAAGUAUUGCGAGUAUAAAGGAGGAGCGCUUCCGAUCAUUCAAAAUGAUGCAACGAAACAAGCCUCUUUUCGGUUUGCCUAUUUUGAAGAAUCGAAACACUCUUCUUUCGACCGUUUUCUUUCUUAUUGGAUCUCAUCAGAAAGUAACUUGCUAAAAUCAACCUACUCAGCAACAGUCGAAGUACCCACACGAGAAGAAGUACUUUCAUUUGAACAAGAUCUGCAACGGCGAGGUCGACGGUUGGAAUCAUCGAAGCACUCCUGUCCGUAUUUCUUGUUCGCUGACGGGACUUGGGAAUUCGGAGCUAGUUCGUGCGCGGAUGAAAAUGACAAACGAACAAUUCUUUGUGAGAAAAAACUUGCCAACGCAAUUCCGCCUGCUGGUCGAAUUAAAGAUUUAUCUGUAAGGACCAUUGAUAGCUCCGGAAACGAGGUCUUGCCAUUUCUUGACACAGACGAGAAUGACACAUGGGUUCACGAGCUAUCGUGGACAAAUCCUGACGAACUUGGUGUUCGCGGUAAUCCGAUGUCAAUCCAACUUCGGGUUUCAGCAGAUGUCAAAGAAGACGGCGAAUUCAGAGACGCUCGACUCUUGGCUCAAGUCACAGUUCAAGGAAACGGAAUGUUCAAUCUGAACAACUCGGAGUUAUCCUUCUGUCCCCCAAAUAUGCCCAUUGAUGUCGUUUAUUACUUCAAAUUAUCUGACCACGUCCUGGCGAAUGAAAUCAGCAUGGUUUUGGAUGAGUUCUACAAAGCUCAUUUUCAUACAGGCCCUUAUGAGUUGCAGGUUUCCUAUAUUUUUGACGACAUUAUAAUCCAUGGCGAAAUAAAUGACUCGACGAUGCGCGACGACUUCGAUAAUGUAACCAUACUCGUUGUUGACGAUCAAGACGAUCAAGAAGAAGCAAUUUAUAAUCGACAAUUCGAGAGAAUAACGAAAAUUCCACGUAUCGACAAUAUUACUGAAAUCAUCGUCGAGCACAUUCGGCUUGGAGAUCUGGUUCACGAUUAUUGCGAAAAGAGAUUAAAAGUGUCCAGGUUGAUCAGAGCAGCAACGAUAAGCAAAGAUGGUUUCAUCGCGAAGCCUUCUCCGGGCGCAAGGAUAACAGUUCAGGUUAGUCAGCUCAAGAAAAAAUAG